AUGCUGGGCCAACUGCUGUUUUUGUCAGUGCCGGCUCUUUGGACGGUUAUUUGGAUAUAUAAAUAUUCUCAACAGCAUUCGUUGACCUGGAUAACCAGGACUUUUGUGUUUUUAGGUCUUUACGUUCCUUUUCUAGUCGUGCUACUAAUUCCUCUCGAUAUCGUAUGGGAGGUCAGCAUUUUCAAAUGGCGAAUUCUAUAUUGGACUACUUUCAUAGCGACUUGGUUCAUACUUCCAUUUAUUCAAGAAUAUAUUGAGAGUCAAUUUCCAACCGCUGAAAAGAGGAUAAAGGAUUCUUUGUACAAGAAUUUGCGCUAUUAUGGAUUUUUAACAUUUCUGUCGUUGUUCGUUGUUGCUUAUUUGCGCUUCACCCUUCGUACAAUGUCUUUUACAAACUUUAAGGAAUUGAUUAUUUCUCUUACUUACUUUUGGGGUCUCCUAUUUGUGAUCUUUCUUCUUGGUAAUGGACUCGUUUUCGUUCCUCGUAAUAUGUGGAGGAAAGCGUUCCUUAAUGAACGAGCUCAUCUUUUAGAAAGAAAAGCAGUCAACAUCUAUUCUAAAUUGCAAGAACGUUUAGAUGAGUUUUCUGCGUAUUCGAGCUCCAGUACGAUGAACAUGGAACGAUCCUACAACCUUGACAUUCGAGCUUCAUAUGCAACUGACAGCGAUUUUACCACUUCUGCUGUAUCCCAGGCCAUGUCUCAUGUUUUACCUUUGCAAACCACGUGGACACAGAUGGUAAAAGAAUAUAACAUGAUAAACUCCAUACAAACCGUUAAAGCAUCCUCAUCAUACCGACUAUACUUGCCCGACUCGUAUAUUCAAAUGCACCCUGUUCUCGCUUACACUCUUUACGUAUGGGUCGUUCCGGCUCUUCGAAUCCUUAUAGCUUGUUUUCUUGCUCUUUUAAGCUUUGUUAUCGUUGUCUCUGAACUGUUUUUACACUCAAAACACUCUCUUGUUGGCAUCUUUUUAAACCGUAUUCAAGAUUCUCCCUCUCUUUGCGCAUUCGUUUCCUUCGUUAUUAUCAACUACAUGAGAUAUUGCACUUAUAAGUCUGUAAUAAACACUCAAUUUGCAUCCUAUCAUCAAUAUGCCGUAGUUCCGUCGCGUGCUACCGGACCAGCAUCAUUACUUUGCUUUGCUUCCCAACUGUGCCGGUUAACUUUGCCUUUAUGCUAUAAUUUUACGUCCUUACAGUUCUUUCCUACGCAGUUUCACAAGUUUUACGGAGAAAGUAUUGAUCUUCUGCCUCUUGGUAACUUAAUUAGCAAGCGGUAUCCCGUAUUUAUUCUUAUGCCUGUUUUGUUUUCAUUGUUUUCAUUGAAAUAUUGGCUUCGGCACGUUAUUUAUUCUUAUGGACUUCAAAGGUCACCUGUGAUUGAUACGCUCGAAGCAGAGUCUUCAGACACAGAAGAUAACUUUCUCGACGAAACAUCUCCUUCUUAUUUGGCUGAAGGUCGAGCUCUUCUUUUGAGCGCAAAUUAUCCAUCCCUUUAA